GCCACCUUCAGUAGACGAACGGACGUUAUAGCGCAGCAAGCUCUCUCCUCUAGUGCCUCCAAAAGAAACCAUAAUGUCUCUCCUCCAGAGUUUCGCGAGUGGUCAGCCAGUCUCUGAGUCUGGCGUCAAGUGCUGCAAUUGUGGCGGCGUGAGGCGGCCCUGGGACAUGUUCCUCCCCAUCACACACAGAGGAAGUUUCUUCCAAGACUCCUUCUUCUCCAACUUGCACCAGCACUUCCAUGCCACCGUCAGGGACAUCCUCAACAGGUGGUGCGACUCUGACCUCAAGCUCACCGACCCCUGGGACGACGUCAAUGCCCGCCACACUGACAUCCUCGAUCGCUACCGACAGCUUCGCUCCCGCAACCUGAAGGAGGAGAAUCAAGCCGUUGCCGUCACGUCGGACGACACCAGCCGGAAGGUGGUAAUGGACGUGCAUGACUUCAUGGGUGGAGACGUGAAGGUGAAAGUGGUGGGCGAGAAGGACCUCGUGGUGGAGGGAAGUGUGGAGAAGAAAGAGGGAGGCUCCUCAGUGGCCUCGCACUCCUUCAGACGCCGCUUCUCCUUGCCUCGUCUCACUGACUUGUCAGCCAUUGACUCUGUCAUGUCAUCUGAUGGCAUCCUCACCAUUACAUCGCCGAAAAUAUGCGUCCUUGUUUCACAGGAGAGCGAAGCGCAGCACAAGACCACCAUCAUCCCCAUUCAGAUGGAGGAAACUCAAGAUAAGAACGCCAGUGAAGGGACUUCGUCAGAGUCCUUUAAAUGUGAACAGUGUAGCCAAACGCAGACCUCUGUCAAUGGAGGCAAACAGGGAGUAAGUGUUCCCAUCAAGAACUACGACCAACCUUCGGAGGCCAACAAAUCACAGCCCAAACAGACUCAGAUAACGCAAGAAUCUGUUCCGUCAUCGUCAUCCUCCAGACUGAUUCCCAUUGAAAUCGAGGCAAAUGAGGCCAAUGUUAACGCAAGCGCAAAUACAGCUCGCUUGAGUCAGACGCCGUCAUCGGACUUCCAGUUGAAAUCCUCAGAGAACGACAAGAUGUUCCACUGUCCGUUCCUGGAC